AUGGACUCACACCAGGCCCCUACCCACCCCCCACCCCCAGUGAAGGAGCUGCCGCCAUCGGGCCGAGCUGCCCCACCCGUGGGCCUCGCCUCCCAGGCAUGCGUGGAGGCCACGUCCAUCGGUCAGGGCAGUUCUCCAAAGCAGGUGCAAAUGACGGCCCUCUGGGAUGCCAUCCACGCGGUCACUUCAGACCAGAAGGCCUCCUUGCAGCGUCGCCUCGCCAACAGAGGGGGCCGCGCUUGGGCCCUGGAGCUGCCCAGAGCCGGCCAGGGAGGACCAGCUCCCCCGACAGCCCCGGGGACCAUGGGUGCAGUGCCAGGCCUGGCACGGUUGGCUCUGUGUGCUCUGGACAUCGCACCAGCGGGCUGCCUGGGGCGCUGCCACCUGGUUGGCAGCAUGGGGCUGCAGGCCUGCUGGGCCACCGCGCAGGACGAUGUGGCAGCCUCGAGGGCCAUCGCCUUCCAAGACUGCCCCGUGGACCUGUUUUUCGUGCUGGACACCUCCGAGAGCGUGGCCUUGAGGCUGAAGCCCUACGGGGCUCUGGUGGACAAGGUCAAGGCCUUCACCAAGCGCUUCAUCGAUAACCUGAAGGACAGGUACUACCGCUGUGACCGCAACCUGGUGUGGAACGCGGGCGCGCUGCACUACAGCGACGAGGUGGAGAUCAUCCGCGGGCUCACGCGCAUGCCCGGCGGGCGUGACGCGCUCAAGAGCAGCGUGGACGCGGUCAAGUACUUUGGCAAAGGCACCUACACGGACUGUGCCAUCAAGAAGGGGCUGGAGGAGCUGCUCGUGGGGGGCUCCCACCUGAAGGAAAACAAGUACCUGAUCGUGGUGACUGAUGGCCACCCCCUGGAGGGCUACAAGGAGCCGUGCGGGGGCCUGGAAGACGCCGUGAACGAGGCCAAGCACCUGGGCGUCAGAGUCUUCUCUGUGGCCAUCACGCCCGACCACCUGGAGCCGCGUCUGAGCAUCAUUGCCACGGACCACACGUACCGGCGUAACUUCACGGCGGCCGACUGGGGGCAGAGCCGUGACGCAGAGGCAGUCAUCAGCCAGACCAUCGUCACCAUCACGGACAUGAUCAAAAAUAACGUGGAGCAAGUGUGCUGCUCCUUCGAGUGCCAGCCCGCCAGAGGACCUCCCGGGCUGCGGGGCGACCCCGGGUAUGAGGGAGAAAGAGGGAAGCCAGGACUCCCGGGAGAGAAAGGAGACGCUGGAGACCCCGGAAGGCCUGGGGACCUCGGACCCGUCGGCUACCAGGGCAUGAAGGGAGAAAAAGGGAGCCGAGGGGAGAAGGGCUCCAGGGGAUCCAAGGGCUACAAGGGCGAGAAGGGGAAGCGCGGCGUGGACGGCGUGGAUGGCAUGAAGGGGGAGACGGGGUACCCUGGCCUGCCAGGCUGCAAGGGCUCGCCCGGAUUCAAUGGCGUCCAAGGACCCCUUGGGCCCAAGGGCGACGCGGGUGCCUUCGGACUGAAAGGAGAGAAGGGUGAGCCUGGAGCAGACGGGGAGCCUGGGAGGCCAGGGAACACGGGGCCCCCCGGAGACGAGGGUGAGCCCGGAGAGCCUGGUCCCCUGGGAGAGAAGGGAGAAGCCGGCGACGAGGGAAACGCGGGACCAGAUGGACCCCCCGGAGAGAGGGGCGGCCCUGGAGAAAGAGGACCACGGGGGACCCCAGGCGCGCGGGGCCCGAGAGGAGACCUGGGCGAAGCUGGACCCCAAGGUGACCAGGGACGAGAAGGCCCCGUUGGCAUCCCCGGAGACCCGGGUGAAGCUGGCCCCACUGGACCGAAAGGAUACCGCGGUGACGAGGGGCCCCCAGGGACCGAGGGCCCGGCAGGAGCCUCAGGGCCCCCAGGACCCCCCGGAGACCCCGGGCUGAUGGGCGAAAGGGGUGAAGAUGGCCCGCCCGGAAACGGCACCGAGGGCUUCCCCGGCUUCCCUGGCUAUCCGGGCAGCAGGGGUCCUCCCGGGAUAAAUGGCACCAAAGGCUACCCUGGCCUCAAGGGAGACGAGGGAGAAGCCGGGGACCCCGGAGAGGACAACAAUGACAUUUCUCCCCGAGGCGCCAAAGGAGCAAAGGGCUACCGAGGCCCCGAAGGCCCCCAGGGACCCCCAGGACACGUGGGACUACCAGGGCCAGACGAAUGCGAGAUUUUGGACAUCAUUAUGAAGAUGUGCUCUUGCUGUGAGUGCAAGUGCGGCCCCAUCGACAUCCUGUUCGUGCUGGACAGCUCCGAGAGCAUCGGCCUGCAGAACUUCGAGAUCUCCAAGGACUUCAUCGUCAAGGUCAUCGACCGGCUGAGCAGGGACGAGCUGGUCAAGUUUGAGCCUGGGCAGUCACACGCGGGCGUGGUGCAGUACAGCCACAACCAGAUGCAGGAGCACGUGGACCUGCGAGACCCCAACAUCAGGAACGCCCAGGACUUCAAGGAAGCCAUCAAGAAACUGCGGUGGAUGGGUGGAGGCACCUUCACAGGCGAGGCUCUGCAGUACACCCGGAGCCGGCUGCUGCCACCCACCCAGAACAACCGCAUCGCCCUGGUCAUCACGGACGGCCGCUCGGACACCCAGAGGGACACCAUCCCACUCAGCGUGCUCUGCGGCCCUGACAUCCAGGUGGUCUCCGUGGGCAUCAAGGAUGUGUUUGGCUUAGCCGCGGGCUCCGACCAACUCAACGUCAUCUCCUGCCAAGGCCUGGCGCCCCAGGGGCGGCCGGGCAUCUCGCUGGUCAAGGAGAAUUACGCGGAGCUGCUGGACGAUGGCUUCCUGAAGAACGUCACCGCCCAGAUCUGCAUAGACAAGAAAUGUCCAGAUUACACCUGCCCAAUCACCUUCUCCUCGCCGACCGACAUCACCAUCCUGCUGGACGGCUCGGCCAGCGUGGGCAGCCACAACUUUGACACCUCCAAGCGUUUCGCCAAGCGGCUGGCCGAGCGCUUCCUGACGGCGGGCCAGACGGGCCCGGGCCAGGAGGUGCGCGUGGCGGUGGUGCAGUACAGCGGCACCGGGCAGCAGCGGCCGGAGCGCGCGGCGCUGCAGUUCGUGCAGAACUACACCGUGCUGGCCAGCGCCCUGGACACCAUGGCCUUCCUCAAUGACGCCACCGACGUCACCGACGCCCUGGGCUACGUGACCCGCUUCUACCGCGAGGCCUCGCCCGGCGCUGCCAAGAAGAGGCUGCUGCUCUUCUCGGACGGCAACUCGCAGGGCGCCACGGUGGCCACCAUCGAGAAGGCCGUGCAGGAGGCCCAGCGGGCAGGCAUCGAGAUCUUCAUGGUGGUGGUGGGCCCCCAGGUGAACGAGCCCCACGUGCGCGUCCUGGUCACCGGCAAGGCGGCCGAGUACGACGUGGCCUUCGGUGAGCGCCACCUGUUCCGCGUGCCCAGCUACCAGGCGCUGCUGCGCGGUGUCUUCCACCAGACGGUGUCCAGGAAGGUGGCGCUGGGCUAG